GUUGAGAUUUCGUCGUGGCCUCGGGGCCCGGCGCCGUUUUAAACGCCUCCACACGGCUCCUCCGGGGCGACACCUGUCCACCAUUCCCGUCUCCCCCUGGCCUUCGCCUCGCCUCGCUGCCGUGGCCGCGCAACGCCUUCCCGCACCCACCAACGCGCGUCUUCCACCUCGCGCGCCCUCUCAGGUCUCCUCCAAAUCCCGCCUAAUCCGCUGGAUUUCCCUUGCUAAUUCUAGCAGCUCUUGUCGCUGCUCUGCCAAACCCCUGCUCUGAGCUCAUCCGAUUGGCGGCUCCGGCCUCUGGGCGAAGCGGGUGUUUUGAAGCACGGGUUGGUGGGCGACGGCGAAUCAGGGAUGGAAUUCCCCAGAGGAAGCGGGAGGCGGCCACAGCAGCAGCAGCAGCCGGAGCCGGAGCACCUGCAGCCGAUGACGCCGAUGCCGCUCGCGCGGCAGGGGUCGGUCUACUCGCUCACGUUCGACGAGUUCCAGAGCGCGCUCGGCGGUGCGGGCAAGGACUUCGGAUCCAUGAACAUGGACGAGCUCCUCCGCAGCAUCUGGACGGCCGAGGAGACGCACGCCGUCGCCGCCGCCAACGCGUCGGCGGCGUCCGCGGCCGCGGCGGACCUCGCCGCGCGGGCGGCGUCCAUCCAGCGGCAGGGAUCGCUCACCCUCCCCCGCACGCUCAGCCAGAAGACCGUCGACGAGGUCUGGCGCGACAUCAUGUGCUUCGGCGGGCCCUCCGCCGCGCAGGCCGAGGCGCCGCCCCCGCCGGCCCAGCGGCAGCAGACGCUCGGGGAGAUCACGUUGGAGGAGUUCCUCGUGCGCGCCGGCGUGGUGAGGGAGGACAUGACGGCACCACCGCCCGUACCACCGUUGGCUGUGGCGGCGCCACCGCCGCCGCCUCCUCCGCAACCGCCAAUGCUAUUUCCCCAUGGCAAUGUGUUUGCUCCCUUGGCGCCUCCACCACUGUCGUUCGGGAAUGGGUUGGUGUCGGGAGCUGUCGGUCAGGCAGGUGGUGCCGCGCCCUCGGCGGUAUCGCCGGUGAGGCCGGUUACGUCCAGCGGGUUUGGCAAGAUGGAAGGAGGGGAUUUGUCCUCCCUGUCGCCAUCACCGGUGCCGUACGUUUUCAACGGUGGUCUGAGGGGAAGGAAGCCUCCUGCUAUGGAGAAGGUGGUUGAGAGGAGGCAGCGGCGGAUGAUCAAGAACCGGGAGUCCGCCGCCAGGUCGCGCCAGAGGAAGCAGGCAUAUAUGAUGGAGUUGGAAGCUGAGGUGGCAAAACUUAAAGAGUUGAAUGAGGAGUUGCAGAAAAAACAGAUUGAAAUGCUGGAGAAAGAAAAGAAUGAGGUCCUGGAGAGAAUGAGCCGGCAAGUUGAACCAACGGCAAAGAGAAUUUGUCUGCGGAGGACAUUGACAGGUCCUUGGUAGGCUGUAGACAUGUACCUAGCAGUAUCUCUCGUCUGGAGGACAGGAGUGUACAUAGUAGGCGCACAUGAACUCACCAUCGCCUCGCUGCCGUUGUUGACACAGCCAAUAAUCCAGAGCUUCAGUCUCGUAGGCGGAUAGAUUGCCUGUAAUUUUUUUUGAAGUAAAAUUGCCUGUAAUUUUCACUGCAUAGGUUUUGGGCCCUUUGCAAAAAGAGUUCCAGUGAGUAGAGGAGUUUGUAUGUAGUCGGGUCAGUUUAUUGACCCAAGGAGCGCGUGCUUAUACUCCAUUAGGCUUUUAUGGUUUGGUGUGAUACCAUGAAUCAUUAGUUCAGCAUGUUAGAUGUUAUACAUCCGGCGAAUUUGUAUGCAUAAACCAUAUAGCACUCUGCUUUGUAAAAUCAAGUUGCUUAUGCUGUAGAUCUUCUGUAGAUGUUCGUUGUGCCCAACUUACAGGAGGACACUGCUGAAACAACUAUGCUGUUGUAUACUUUAUUACAGUUGAAGAUGGUCAGUUUGGUGCCCA